CAAUUUCUAUAUAGAUUCUCUCUCGCAUAAACAGAUCAAUUUAAGAAUUCUUUGAGCAUACUCUACCCCUUUCUCUUGUCACAAUCAAUCAUUUCUAUCUAUCUUUUAUCAAACGACGACCUCGAUUUGGUUCGAUGAAUUAACAAUUUUCCUAAAUCAGAGCUUCGCGGCUGGUAUUUCAGUUUUUCUGUAUCUCUAUAUCAAUCGAGGAAUACUAUAAAUUUUGGAGGAUGGCUGAUAAUGAGGAGGGUCCAGAGAAUACUUCUCGUGGGAAUGAAUGGGAAGUUGUAUCACUUACAGCAUCUGCAUAUGCUGCUGCACCUGGUCCCGAAAAUGUUGAACUAAAGAAUGAUGACAAGGGUGAUGCCAAUGAGGAGAUUGAAGCAGAAGUUUCUCAUGCAUUGUUCAUGUCUGGGCACUUUGUCUUUCCACCCAGUGAACAUGAAAAUCUGCCUCUGGAACCUGGAUCUGCUAAGAGUGAGAUUUGUAAUGAGCCUGUUGGCAAGGAUGUGGUUACUGAGGUUGGAGCUGAAGAAGGGGGUAGAUCCAGUGGAAAAGAUGAUGACGAAAAUUGGACUCUUAAAAGGUUAAGUGUACAUAAUGAGUUUCCAGGAAUACAGUUUUUGGAUGAGAAGGGUAACAGGCUAUCCAUUCCUGGCACAGAGUUUGAAGAAGGGACAACUCUACCCGGAUUAAAUUUGAGUGAUAAAGAAGGGAGUAUUUGUAGUGCAGCUACAUUUGGUUCAUUUCAUAGUGAAGCAGUGUUCGGUGGAUCAACUACGUAUGAUGAGAACGUAGAAACUGAACAAACUGAACAUUCCGAGCCAGGCAUUGAUCUUCCUGCAGAUGCAUCAAAAGCCCUGAAACCCACAAAAGAUGGUAAAUGUGCUGCAUCUGACCUUCCUUGUGAAGCAUGGUGGAAGAGAAGGGCAAGUUCCUUGUAUGCUCAUGCAAAAGAAGCAAAUGCUCUCUGGUCCAUUUUCAUUGCAGCAGCUGUCAUGGGUCUUGUACUUAUUGGGCAGCGUUGGCAGCAAGAAAGGUGGCAAGCUUUGCAGCUGAAGUGGCAGCUUAGCAUCAGUGAUGAGCAGAAGGCUAGCAGGAUGCUUGGUCCCAUAUCUCGCCUUAAAGAUGCCAUUGUGGGUGGUCACCGCCGUGGUUCUUUUAUCAGGAGCAGCUCUUCAAAUGUUAACUGAGAUGAUGACGAAAAAUGGAAAUGAGAGAUGGGUUGUGUCAGGUUGUUAAUACGGUAGUUUGCUGUGUGGUUCACUCAUUCUCAUGAAAAAGUUACAUUUAGCUACAUGUCAAAAGUUUGAUAAUGUUAUGCUGUUAUCGCUGUUGUGUUCUAUUAUUAUUAUGGUUAACUUAUGCUAUGUAGGUCACGAAACCUAAGAAGCAAAUGAACCAACUAUUGCUGCAUUGUGUAUUGUUGGGUUCAGUAGCCUGUAACAAUUUUAAAACUGGUUCUGGCAUACAGCAAUGUAUGCUGUUUCCUCAGGAUUUGAUUUGCAUACCUAAUAUUGUGGUGCUUGUCGAGUGCGCUGGCGUCAAUGUUAAUAUUCCUGAAAAUUGUACGGUCGAGAGCAUGUAUGUAUGGUAACGGGCAGAAAACAA